AUGCAAAGAAAGAACCCAUGUGACAGUCCACCGAGCCAUCCCGAAGGUUCCACCGGUGACUGUGGUCCAGACCAGCCCCCCUACCCAGCCGGGCACGUGUGUAACAUCACCUGCCCUGUCAAUACAUCAGGGGAUGCAAGGAAAGUCUGUGAGAACGGCCAAUGGAGUGGAGAGGACCUAGAGUGCGAAGCAUUGCCAGCUGCAGAGGAUUAUGAUGAUCCGCCAGCCCCACCCGUUGACGCCCCCUUGGAACAUGAGGAAGUAUGUGAAGACCAAUGCGAAGACGGGUCCACCGAAAAUGGCGGCGACGAUAUGCUGGAGUGCAAUCAUGGAGUCUGGGACGGGUGCGACCUGAUCUGUACAAAGGACAGUAAUGAUCCACAAGCCAUAGACUGUGAGGUUCUAGACGGAUGUGACGCCCCCAUUGAACAAGUGGAAGUAUGUAACUACCAAUGCGAAGAAGGGUCCACCGAAAAUGGCGGCGACGACAUGCAGAACUGCAACGAUGGAGCCUGGGACGGGUGCGAACUCAUCUGUAAAAGUGCGAACCUUACCGUACCUUAUAUUCCUUCCAGUCGUGACUCCAUACCCAUUUAUGUACACAUAUACAUGUGAAAUUACCUCGGGAAGCUUGUCCAGCGUCAACCGGAAUCAUCCUUUUUAGUAUAAUAGUGAAGGCAAAUCUGCCCAAACUGUCCUUUACAACCACGUAAGCAUUGAGAUGAAUAUACGGCAAAUAUUCAGGAUCCUAGUAACCUCUAUGACUUCUGCUAGCUUCACUAUUACAGAUCACUACAUUAAAGCAGCUGUAAAGGGAAACUUUAAAGUCCAGAAACAAAAAUAAACGUGUUACCUAUGGAGAUCUGUACUCUUAUUCAACAUGUGCUAUUUCAGCACCCAACAUUAACAAUGAUUGGAAGUGAGUCAGGACAAGUAACGAUUGACCAACCCGAGUAUGAUUAGAAUAGACAGCAAUCAUAAUCCUCUGUAUAGCUUCAUUUUGUGAUUGCCACAGAACGUUAAUUUCUUAAGAUCUUUAUAAAUGUGCUUUGUAUGUUGUUUAACUAGAAUGCCUUUUCUUAGUUUAACAUACAAAGCUCA